UUUCUUUUUGCUUUUGAGCCAACGACUGGCAGCAUAUGGAUUCACCUGGUGGUGGAGGCAAGGUGGAGGUUGAGCAUGGGUGUAGUGCUUCCUUCAAUGGGCAAUCAAUCCGAAGCUGCUCAAAGCACCUCUUGUUAGAUUACCAUUAUCUCUUCCAGAGCCGAAAGAAAGUCGUCUCUAACUGAUCAAGAGUCCUCUCGCAAUAGCAGGACCAUGGCUCAUCAGAUCACCUAUGACUACGUUGAACAUGUUGACCCAAACCUCACCUGCGCAAUCUGCCAAUCCGCCCUUGUAGAUCCUGUCACGACGACGUCCUGCAAGCACACCUUUUGCAGAGACUGCAUCACCCGAGCCAUCGUUCACAACCCACAAUGUCCCAUAGACAGGUCAGCACUGACAAUGAGCAGUUUAAGGGACACUGAACAACUGGUGAAGCUGAUGCUCGAUGAGCUGAAAGUAAAAUGUGGGGCUGAGGGAUGUGGCACGGUUCUGCAAAGGGGGUUGUUGCUGGCACAUCUUAAGACAUGUUCUAAAGCGAUCGUCACUUGCCAAGAUGGAGAUUGCGGCUUGUCGAUGACCCGUCAAAGACUGCCUCAUCACAGGGCGUACGAAUGUUUUCAAAGAAAGAUGGAGUGCAGGAAAUGUGGCACAAUACUGGUAUUCAAAGAUCAAACGACCCAUACCAAUAUAGAAUGCCGCGAUGAGACAGGUGUCUGUGGUCUAUGUGGUCAAAACAUGGGUCCUGAUGCUCACAUGCACAAAUGGCAAUGCCCCCUGGUCCGCAUCCCUUGUCCUCACUCUGCUAGAGGAUGCUCAUCGAUUAUCCCCCGCUCGGAUCUUCAAGCUCAUAUAUCUAUUUGCCCGUUUGAAGCAUUCUCGGGUUUCUUCGAGAUGAAUGAUGCGAGGUUGAAGUCAUUAACAUCUCGAGUCGAAAGUCUGGAAGAGGAGCUAGAGCGUAUGAGGGAGCAUUUGAAGCGAAUAGAAGGUAAUGUCGAGACGAUGGGCAAUAUGAGGAGGGAAACGGGUGAUGAAUGGAGAUGGAGAGAAGUGGGCCGGAUGCGGCUUGGUGAUACCCCACCUCCUGUCGCAUCUAGCCAUAGCGACCCCCAAACCACAUCAACCAUCUUGUCAUCCCCACUAACUCCCACUUCUUCUCACCCUUCCCCUCAACCUGUCAUCUCGUCUAUUUUUCCUGGUAUUAGCAUCCUGUCAUCCGGAGGAGCAAGACCUGACUUGGCCCCCCAUCAUCACCGUUCUCUUGUUGCACCAUCCUUUGGCUCUCACCAAUCAUAUGCUGAUUGGGCAUUCAGCCGGCUAUCGGGGAACGCAGGCAAUGUAGGAUGGGAGGAAGUGAUCAAUGGUUUGCGUGCGGUGGUGAUCCAGCUGGCUUCCGGUUUAGAUAGUAUGGAGCGCCGGAAUGAAGUGAGGACAAUGACGGAAAGUUUGAGAGUGUUGGAAGAAGUAGGUAGUUUGAGAGCUAUUGUUACCACCAUGCGCAUGCUUAUGAUGGAGCGACCCUUCCGACCUCCAUCUUUCCAGUUCCAAGGCGACAGCCUGUUUUCACGUACCGCUGAGUCCACUCUCACCCCAACUUUGAACCAGCAAGCAACUGUGGCAUUUUCUUCUACCACCGAUCAAUCAACAUCAGAGCAACGUUCUCAAUCAAGUGAUGAAAAUCUGAGCGUGAGUGUCAGCGGUGACCAGGAAGACUCCGGCAGAGAGACAGCUUCAAUCACCGAAUCCGUGGUAUUCUCGGCCCAAGGUCAUCCCGCUUCUUCCUCCCGACCUUCCUCUUCUACAAAUUCCCUUAUCACGGCCGGUGCUGGUUUGUCCGGGAAUAAGAGGACUCCAAUGUCUAGAGCCCGACCGAACUUGGGUGGGUAUCAGGGAGUGACGGUGGAAGUGAGGUAUGAUGAGAACGCUGAUGGGAUCGAGGGAGGCGCAAGUUAUAGUAGGACAAGCAACGCCGCAAGCGGGAACAGAAAUACGAUUGGGACGAGUGGGGCGGAAAUGACGGGUAGACCCAUGGCCUUCCCACCUGCGUCACAAGACGAUGAUGAUGUCUCUGCAACAACUAACAGAAAUGCAGGAGGGGAUGUGAACGAGGCUACUGAAAGAAGCAUGGGAACCCGGGAACGAAAGGUUAAUCUCGCGAAUCCUAUUGCAAGGUUGAUGAGGAGAGGGCCACAAGGAAAUGGAAGCCCUAGGCUGUAAAGAUUGCCGCCAGUUGGAUGAUACUCGAGGUAGAAAGAGACGAUUGAAAUACAUUCCCAAACAUAUUACCCAUUUGUAAUUAUUCACCAUUUUGUGCAGCAUUUAAUUAUACUCCGGCAUUCUCAAUUAAUAAUUAAUGUUGAUACGCCUUUUAUUUAUAU